GCAGCCUAUAAAAAUUACCGACAACCGAUUGCACAGCCCAUUUCCCAGUCGAAAAGAUACACACAGAGUGGUACAAUGUUGUAAUGUAGCCUAUAUCGUUCUGUCAAAUUAACAAUUAUGUUACAAUGUAACGAAAAAUGCGAGAUUUUACCUGAAAGGAGCUUACAACUUCAGUUACAUGCUCUUAGCAAAUCUAUGUCAUGCUGUGCAGUGGAAAGGCUGUGCGUGUACUUGUUGAGCUCCAGGACCAUCACAGAGUAUGAGAGCCAGGUGAUCUGGUCCCAGAGAACAGACAUGGAGAAGGCUGCCAAACUGCUCCAGGUGGUGCUGAAGAAGGGUCGCAACGCCUGUCUUCUCUUUUUCGACUCACUAGAAAAGUGUUGCCAGUGCCCACCACAGUUCGAAAGAGUUACCGGUCUCCCAGAGAGGAGGAGGACCAACACUGCCCCAACUUACGUCAUCAACAUCAGCCAUUCCAAUUUGAGUAACUGCAUCAUUGGAGAUGGCAACUUUCAAGGAGUGACAACGUGUAUACAACAACCUCAGAGCAUGGGUUCAGAGGAUGCUAGGCAUGAGACAAUGGGAGGCAACAUCACCAGUGAUCACCAGAGAGCAGUACAGGCCUGUCUAGAUCCAGAGCUCCAGAGGAGUGUCCAGGUCUAUGGGUCCCAACUGCAGUAUGUCAUCAUCGGGGACAACAACAACCUGCAAGCUGAAGACACACCGGAAGAGGAAGAAGGGGAAGAAGAAAAACUCAUUAAUGAAAAUGCCAUCUCCUGCUGUUGUGCGCUUGAGCAAGUUACUGCACCACAGGCGACCGUGGCUCUCAAUCUCCAUGAGUGAUAUGGGGACAAAAUGUAUGGCCAUUGGCUACAUUGUAAUGUUCCUUGCUGUGUCGAUGAACUUGAUUUCUGGGGAAUGUAUAUGUAUUGUAAAUUGUAGUGUAUUGUUUGGAUAGUAUAACUUAACCCUACAUAAUCAAAGAAUGAACCAUAUUUUUGGUCCGUAGACUUAUGGAAUAAGUAUUGAAUCAUACAGUACCUAGAUUAUGUUCUGUGAACCCAAUUUAUAAUGACCGCACUGACCACUGACCACUGACCACUGCUGCUGAUAAAGUGCAUUUCAUUUAUUUGAAGUAUUUACUUGCUGCAAAAAAAGAAGAAGAAAAGGUGCUGUUUUACUUUGAAUGUAUUCUUAAUGUAUUCAUUUGAAUAAAUGUUAGGACAUACUGAUUUAUCUUUACUGAAAAUUAUACUGUACAUAUUCACUGUUCUACUAAGUUAUCAACAUUUGUUGAAAUAGGUUAUUUCUAUAGAAAGAAAAAGUUUAUUAUAAAAGGUACAUCAAUUAUUAUUGUUUUAUACGUCAAUAAAAACAAACAUCUCAAUCUA